AUGAAAAGAGACAGCGAAGUUAGAGAACACAUUUUGAGGACACCCCUUAGCCACCUUUGCAUGUUACUACUCGCUUCGUUGAUGAAAACGGUUAAAGCAGAGGCGGCCGCGAAUCCAGAAAGUGUCACUCUAGGUCAGAAGAUUGUUAAACUAUUUAAUCAUGACAUCACCUUCCUUGCGCUUGGGGUACUGGCAUUGGUAUGUUUCCUGACGGCGUUCAUUGUAAACACUUGGGGACAAGACAACAAUACCUUCAUCGCACUCACAUCAAUAGGUUGCCUGCUGAUUUCUGGGUUGCUCGUCCAGGCCUACAGAAUUGGUUACCUUCAAAGCCCCUUUACAGGGUGGCAUAUAGCGUUCAUAGUGUUCAACGCGUUGAUUUUGUUCACAGUCCUCGGUGUGAUGAUGAACACCGGUAACCUAACUGCUAGCAGUAUGAGUGAUGCACUUAAAUUCUUUGCAGUUAUUGUUAUGUCCAUGCUCUUCCUCGUGGCAUCCUUGAUCUGUGGGUACUGGGUAUCUCUUUACAAUAGGCCCUUCUGUACUUGUCAGAUAAUAUGUAUUGUUUUCGCCAUCUUAACGUUGUUAUCCACGUUAGGCAUGAUUGGAGUCUUAAUCCUAAUUUAUCAUAAAUAUGGCUCUAGUAGCUCUUCGCGUGUUGGUGAUGGAGAAUAUGAAGUCGGCGCACUUCAAAGACUAAUGAAGCUUGCAUACCCACUCAUCACCGGGUUCAUAUUGUCUUCAUAUUACCUUACCCUGCUGGACUUGCCAUACAGUAGAUGCGAGAUCAUAUGUCUGUUGCUCAUUUCCACGAUUUAUUCAUUUUUAAUAGGCGGACUUUUUAUUGUACAUACAGCGAAUGGGUGGUCGUCCUAUUUAGUCAUACCCAUAGAUUUAAUCCUUACCAGCCUGCUGCUCUGGUUACUGCACCACUAUCAACCUUUCUCGAAGUAUUAUACACCGUAUGAGAUAGCUUUUGUAGUUAUAGGUAUAAUGAUAUUCAUCUGUGCUCUUGUUGUUAUCAAAAUAGAUAACAUUCAGGUUGAGUCAUAUGAAGUAGAAGUCCCUGUUUAUUUCUUGGUUGCAUAUGCGUUUUGCCUAGUUGUACCGUUUGCCUACUACGCAUACCGCCUGGGUCUUCUAGAUUCCAUUAUGGCAUUAUUGAAACGUAGUCCACGAGCUGACAAGACCAACGUCCACAAUUUAGUUGGUAAUGUCAGCGAAGCGGUCCCAAACGCCAUGGCAGCAGACACUUAA